CUUAUUGCAGCUUGAUAGUAGUACCAUAGAGCAAUUGAUGGAUAACAUAUUUAAGAAUUAUCGUUCAUGGUGCGAUUAUUUGCGAUGUAAAUCAAAUCUUAGAUUUCCUCAAGGUUCUGACAGACAACAAUUAGAGCUUAUCUACAUUGGACUUUAUCUUCUCAUAUGGGGUGAAGCUUCAAAUAUAAGAUUCAUGCCAGAAUGCAUCUGCUAUAUAUUCCAUCACAUGGCAAAUGAGGUGUAUGGAAUAUUAUAUAGCAAUGUGCAUCCUGUUAGUGGAGAGACAUAUGAAACUGCAGCUGUUGAUGAAGAAGCCUUUUUGAGAAAUGUUGUAACUCCAAUUUACAUUGUUUUGCACAAGGAAUCUAAAAGAAACAAAGGAGGCAAGGCAAGUCAUUCAAAAUGGAGAAAUUAUGAUGACUUGAAUGAGUACUUCUGGUCUGAUAAAUGUUUUAGGCUGGGGUGGCCAAUGGACCGUAAUGCAGAUUUUUUUGUUCAUACCGAUGACACGCUGCAUACAAAUGAGAGAUCUAACCAAGCGAAUAGAGGUAAGAGGAAACCUAAAACAAAUUUUGUUGAAGUCCGCACCUUUUGGCACCUGUUCAGAAGUUUUGACCGAAUGUGGAUAUUCUUUAUAUUGGCUUUCCAGGCUAUGGUUAUCAUUGCAUGGAAUUCGUCUGGAUCAAUUACUGAUUUUUUCAGUGAGGAUGUGUUCCGAAGUGUUUUGAGCAUCUUUGUCACGUCUGCUUUUCUCAAUUUUCUACAAGCUGCUCUGGAUAUAGUUCUUAGUCUUAAUGCCUGGAGGAGCUUAAAAGCCACACAAAUACUGAGAUAUCUUCUGAAGUUUGCAGUAGCAGCUGUGUGGGCUGUAGUUCUUCCAAUUGGUUAUUCCAGUUCUGUGCAGAAUCCAACUGGCCUUUUGAAAUUCUUUAACAAUUGGGUUAGGGAUUGGCAGAAUCAGUCACUUUAUAAUUAUGCAGUUGCAAUUUACUUGCUACCCAAUUUGUUGGCUGCUCUACUGUUUGUGCUUCCACCUUUACGGAGAAGAAUGGAGCGUUCAAAUUUUCGGAUUAUUACAUUUAUUAUGUGGUGGGCUCAGCCAAAACUAUAUGUGGGAAGAGGCAUGCAUGAAGAUAUGUUCUCACUUUUGAAGUAUACAUUGUUUUGGAUCAUGCUGCUAAUCAGCAAGCUAGCAUUUAGCUACUAUGUGGAGAUACUUCCUUUGGUUGGGCCAACGAAGUUGAUCAUGGAUAUGCAUAUUGAUAAUUAUCAAUGGCAUGAGUUCUUUCCAAAUGUUACGCAUAACAUCACCUUCUGUUAUUUUAUGGAUGGACAAAUAUGGUACUCCAAUCUUUUCUACUCUUUUGGUGGAUUCAUGGAGCCUUCAGCCAUUUGGGUGAGAUACGAACACUGGAAUGUUACGGGUCCUAGAUUUGAUCUGUGCCUUCAGCCUUUUCAGUCGCCGCCUUGUCCCAUCAUUCAAAUGAUGAUACUGAUAGGAACACCUGGCGUAGUGGCGGUAGCAAUUCUAACUGAUACACCUGAUGCGUCCAUUGAAAGAAAAAAUAUUGUAAACUUUUCUCUGGUGUGGAAUGAGUUCAUCAAUUCUAUGAGAAAUGAGGAUUUAAUCAGCAACCAUGAAAGAGACUUGCUUCUUGUACCUUAUUCUUCAAGUGAUGUGUCUGUUGUCCAGUGGCCUCCUUUUUUGCUUGCUAGCAAGAUUCCAAUAGCAUUGGACAUGGCAAAAGAUUUCAAGGGAAAGGAAGAUGCUCACUUAUAUAAGAAGGCAAAAGAUUUCAAGGGAAAGGAAGAUGCUGACUUAUAUAAGAAGAUGGAUGACUAUAUGCGUUCGGCAGUAACUGAGGCCUACGAAUCAUUGAGAGACAUAAUAUAUGGCCUUCUGGAAGAUGAUGCUGAUAGGAAGAUUGUAAGACAGAUUUGUUAUGAAGUGGAUAUGAGCAUACAACAACACAGAUUUUUGAAUGAAUUCCGGAUGAGUGGCUUGCCUAUGCUCAGUGAAAAGUUAGAGAAGUUUCUAAAAGUUUUGCCAUCUGGUUAUGAAGAUGUUGAUGCGUACAGAUCUCAAAUAAUAAAUGUUCUCCAGGAUAUUAUAGAAAUUAUUACUCAGGAUAUCAUGAUUCACGGUCAUGAAAUCCUAGAAAGAGCUCAUCCUACCACUAUAGAUGAUCAUAAUAGCAAGAAAGAGCAGAGGUUUGGAAAGAUAAAUUUUGGCCUUACACAAAACAAAUCUUGGAGGGAGAAGGUUGUUCGGCUUCAUUUGCUUUUGACCACAAAGGAAUCUGCUAUAAAUGUACCUUCAAACUUGGAUGCUCGCCGCCGUAUCACUUUCUUUGCAAAUUCCUUAUUUAUGAACAUGCCAACAGCUCCAAAAGUUCGAGACAUGCUCUCCUUUAGUGUUUUGACUCCAUAUUACAAAGAAGAUGUUCUAUAUUCUGAUGAUGAUCUUCACAAGGAAAAUGAGGAUGGCAUAACAAUGUUGUUCUACCUUAAGACAAUAUAUCGUGAUGAAUGGAAAAAUUUUGAGGAACGAAUGAAUGAUAAUGAACUUAAUUACUCUGCCAAAGAAAGAGCAGAGUGUCUUCGUCAGUGGGUAUCCUACAGGGGGCAGACACUUGCUAGAACAGUGAGGGGAAUGAUGUACUACAAGAAAGCUCUAGAAGUUCAAUGCUCCCUGGAAUUCACAGGCGACAAUGCAAGCCACACUAAGGAAUCAAGUGAAACCUAUCAGUUUCAUCAGAAGACUUUUCUUGAUCAUGCACAAGCUCUGGCUGAUUUGAAGUUUACCUAUGUUGUUUCAUGUCAAGUUUAUGGGACCCAGAAAAAAUCUACUGAUGCUCGAGAUCGAAGUUGUUACAGUAAUAUUCUUAAUCUCAUGUUAACGUAUCCAUCACUACGAGUUGCUUACAUAGAUGAAAGAGAGGAGACAGUGAAUGGAAAAUCUGAGAAGGUUCACUACUCUGUUCUCGUCAAAGGAUGUGAUAAGCUUGAUGAGGAAAUUUACCGAAUCAAGCUCCCAGGUCCACCAACUGAAAUUGGUGAAGGGAAACCUGAAAAUACUAAAAAUCAUGCCAUUAUUUUCACUCGUGGAGAAGCCCUUCAGACUAUAGACAUGAAUCAGGAUAAUUACUUUGAAGAAGCUUUUAAAAUUGAGAAAUGUGUUUGGAAGAAAUUUGAUAAAAUCUUCUUGUCGUGGGCCACGGAAAACAAACCUACAAUUUUAGGUCUAAGGGAGCACAUAUUUACUGGAAGUGUUUCAUCAUUAGCUUGGUUCAUGUCCAAUCAAGAAACCAGCUUUGUAACUAUUGGCCAACGUAUUUUGGCUAAUCCUUUGAGGGUGAGGUUCCAUUAUGGUCAUCCUGAUAUAUUUGAUAGGAUAUUCCACAUAACAAGGGGUGGCAUAAGCAAAGCUUCAAAAAUAAUAAAUUUGAGUGAGGAUAUAUUUUCAGGGUACAAUUCAACAUUACGAGGGGGAUACAUAACACAUCAUGAAUAUAUCCAAGUAGGCAAAGGGCGUGAUGUGGGAAUGAAUCAAAUAUCAUCUUUUGAAGCAAAGGUUGCAAAUGGAAAUGGGGAGCAGACACUUAGUCGUGAUGUUUAUCGACUUGGACGCCGAUUUGAUUUCUAUCGAAUGCUAUCAUUCUAUUUUACAACAGUUGGUUUCUACUUUAGUAGCAUGGUAACUGUGCUUACUGUGUACGUAUUCUUAUAUGGUCGUCUAUACAUGGUAAUGAGUGGACUAGAAAUGGAGAUUCUUACUAACCCAAGCAUACGCCAAAGCAAGGCCCUUGAAGAAGCCUUAGCUACUCAGUCUGUUUUUCAAUUAGGCUUGUUGUUAGUGCUGCCCAUGAUCAUGGAAAUUGGCUUGGAGAAAGGGUUUCGCACUGCUCUGGGUGAUUUUGUCAUUAUGCAGCUUCAGUUGGCCUCCGUAUUCUUCACGUUCCAGCUUGGAACUAAGGCUCAUUAUUAUGGGAGAACAAUUUUGCAUGGUGGUUCUAAAUAUCGAGCUACUGGUCGUGAAAUAUCGAGCUACUGGGGGGUUGUUGUUUUCCAUAUGAAGUUUGCUGAGAACUACAGGACUUACUCGGCGAAGUCAUUUGUAAAGGGAUUAGAGCUGAUUAUACUAUUGGUCUUGUAUGGUUUUGGGAAUCAAUAUCGCACUUCAAAUCUUUAUUGGUUCAUCACAUUCUCCAUGUGGUUUCUGGUUGGAUCCUGGUUGUUUGCUCCUUUUGUGUUUAACCGCAUCUGGUUUUGACUGGCAAAAGGCAGUGAUGAUUGGACAGAUUGGAAGAGAUGGAUGGGAAAUCGGUGGUGGAUUGGUAAUCCCCUCCUGAAUAAAAGUUGGGAAUCCUGGUGGGAUGGAGAGCCAAACGAACAUCUCAAAUAUACAAAUAUAAGGGGGUGGCUGCUAGAGAUAAUCCUUGCAUUUCGCUUUUUCAUCUAUCAAUAUGGCAUUGUUUAUCACCUUGAUAUAGCCCACCAUAACAGAAGUGUUCUGGUUUAUGGACUUUCCUGGGUAGUUAUGAUAACUGCUCUUUUGGUCUUAAAGAUGGUAUCAAUGGGUAGGCGAAGGUUUGGUAUCGAUUUCCAGCUUAUGUUCAGGAUUCUCAAGGCUCUUCUUUUCCUUGGCUUCAUGUCUGUCAUGACAGUCUUGUUUGUAGUAUUUGGACUCACAAUAACAGAUCUGUUUGCUGCAAUCCUUGCCUUCAUGCCCACUGGGUGGGCCCUUCUUCUGAUCGGGCAAGCAUGCAGGCCGUUGUUCAAGAGGAUCGCAUUCUGGGAUUCAAUAAAGGAGCUAGCAAGAGCUUACGAGUACAUAAUGGGGUUAUUAAUAUUCAUGCCAACAGCCAUUUUGUCAUGGUUUCCUUUUGUAUCAGACUUCCAAACUCGUCUGCUCUUCAAUCAAGCUUUUAGCAGAGGCCUUCAGAUUUCAAUGAUUCUUGCCGGAAAGAAAGAUGGAGCUGAUGCUGGAAAAAAGGAUAAGACAUAAACUAAUUUGUACUUGUAACUGUAAGAUAGUGACUGCCUUCAUUAUAUUUAUUUAUUUCAUUUUCUUAAUAUUUAAUUAUAUAUAUUUUUUGUUAGAUUAACAUUUUUAUUAUUCUUUUUAAUUUCACAUCUAAACCAUGAUUCUUAUUACAAAUAACCACCUUUACCAAUUCAAAUUCAA